AUGUCGAGCUUCUCCAAUUCUUCCAUGGCAUCUGUGGAUGAAGGUCGAUAUUGUAGGUGUGGUAAUGAAGCACUAUUAAAGACUUCAUGGACCCAAUUAAAUCCAGGGCGUAGAUUUUUUACCUGUAGAAUUUCAAAGAAAAUGGGUGGUUGUGACUAUUCUCUUUGGUAUGAAGAUCGACACCCUCCACAAGCAAACAGGGUAAUAUGGGGAUUGUUGAAGAAAGUCAAUGCUUUUGAUGAAAAAUUAAAGCGAGCAAGAAAUAUAUUUAUUGUUGGUGUCGUUGCUACUGGGUUGCUGAUGUUUGGAAUAUGGAAAUUGAAGCCUAAUUGUUAG